AUGCAGGAAGAAGAAAAAGUUAAGAAAUAUGUGGCCCCCGAUCCUUACAAGCCUCCUCUACCAUUUCCCCAAAGGUUAGCUAAGGCUAAGUUAGAAAAACAGUUUGGAAAUUUUUUGGAGAUUUUAAAAAAGUUGCACAUCAAUAUCUCAUUCACAGAAGCUAUUUCUCAAAUGCCAUCCUAUGCUAAGUUCUUAAAAGAGAUCAUAUCCAAUAAAAUGAAGUUGGAAGAAUACGAGACUGUGGCCCUUACUGAGGAGUGUAGUGCUAUCAUCCAGAAUAAGCUGCCUCCUAAGCUUAAGGAUCCAGGUUCAUUUUCUAUUCCUUGUGUUAUUGGUGAUGUCUCUAUUAAUCGUGCUUUGUGUGAUUUAGGUGCAAGCGUUGGUAAGUUCUUUAUCCCGGUUGAUUUUGUUAUUUUGGAAAUAGAAGAAGAUUCUAACAUUCCAAUUAUAUUAGGAAGACCCUUCCUUGCUACUGCAUGUGCUAUAAUCGAUGUUAAAAAUGGAAAGCUCUCCCUAAAUAUUGGAGGGAAAAUGAUAGAAUUUGAUUUAAGUAAUACUAUGAAACUCCCUCUAACUAAUAAAAUUUGUUACAGGGUCGACGUUAUUGACAAGUGUACACAUGAGCAAAUUGCAAACAAUAACUCAGCUGAUCCACUUGAGAAAUGUUUGGUAAGUGAUGGUUCAAUAAAUGAUGAAGACCCUGAGGUAGCCGCGUAUGCUCAAUCUUUAGAAUCAACAUCAACGGCUCCACUUCGAAAUGCAAAGCUUGAAAGAUUGAUGUUGAAGGAAGCAUUGAUAACAGCUCCUAUUAUGCAACCGCCGGAUUGGAAUCUCCCAUUUGAAGUCAUGAUUGAUGCAAGUGAUUACGCGGUUGGUGCUGUGUUGGGUCAAAGAAAGGACAAGAUAGUUCAUGCAAUUUAUUAUGCUAGUCACACUCUUGAUGAGGCCCAAGUUAACUAUGCUACCACUGAAAAGGAGUUAUUAGCAGUUGUUUUCGCCUUUGACAAGUUCAGGUCUUACUUAGUGGGGGUCCAAAAGAUAAAGGAUAAGAAAGGGACAGAAAAUUUGGUGGCAGACCAUUUGUCGAGGAUGAAACCAGAAUCACAUGAUAGGGAGGAGGAUGAACUACUGAUCGACGAAUCUUUCCCAGAUGAUCAAUUGUUAGCCAUAGAAAGAUUGGAUGCACCAUGGUAUGCGGACUUCGUCAACUACCUAGUGUGUGGAGUCUUGCCUCCAGAUCUGAGCUAUCAACAGAAAAAGAAGUUCUUUGCUGACUUGAAGGGACAUGCAAGCACUUCAAAGACAGCUGCAAAAGUUCUACAAUCAGGUUUCUAUUGGCCGAGUCUUUUCUGGGAUGCAAGACAGUUCGUGAAAUCUUGUGAUAGUUGUCAGAGGACCGGGAACAUUUCAAAGCGACAUGAGAUGCCUUUACACUCCACCUUGGAAAUUGAGGUCUUUGAUGUGUGGGGGAUAGAUUUUAUGGGACCAUUUCCGUCAUUGUGUAAUAACAAGUUCAUCUUAGUGGCGGUGGAUUACGUCUCCAAGUGGGUAGAAGCGAUAGCAUCCCCCACCAACGAUGCUAAAGUUGUUGUGAAACUAUUCAAGAACGUUAUUUUUCCAAGAGUUGAGGUGUCACGGACGGUAAUCAGUGAUGGAGGUUCACACUUCAUUGAAAGAAAAUUCGAAGCUCUCUUAAGAUAA